CAUUCGCGUUCCACGUUGACGAAUUGACGAGUUCCCUGUUGACCCUCCACGUAAGCCACGCGGCGGGACGCUGGUAAAUGGUAGCCGUCACAUUAUGCCGAGGCAACUUCGCGACCUCGCGUAAGACGUAGCGAGGCAUCGUAGUGAGUGGAUGUGAGAGCGAAUUAACCGGGAUUUUUAACAGAAGGAUUGCCUGCUGAGCAGUGGAUUAAAAUGAAAGGAUUUAGCAUUUUUCUAUUUUUCGCCCUUUCGGCGAUUGCACUCAACGGAGGAUAUAGUGUCUAUGCUCAAGAAGAUGAGAAUAUUGAUGACAUUGUUGAUGUAGAAGGUGAAGAAGGCAAUAUAGUAACAGAUGAAGAAACAGUAGAAGAUAGUACCAGUAAUGCCUCAGCUGAUGCUGAUACAACAAUACUUUUUACAAAACCUGUUUACAACAUGCUAUCUACUCUUGAAUUACCAGCUGGGAAUGUUGUGGAAUUUCUUGUGGGAUUUAUUAAUAAGGGUGAAAACGAUUUUGUUUUGGAAUCGCUGGAUGCAUCUUUCCGUUAUGCAAUGGACUUCAAUUUUUAUAUUCAAAAUUUCUCUACAUUCACAUUUAACAAGGUUGUGAAACCUAAGCAUGAAGCUACUUUGGCUUAUUCCUUCAUACCAUCUGAGAGUUUUGCUGGAAGACCAUUUGGAUUGAAUGUUAAUUUGAAUUAUAGAGACACGAAUGGGAUUUCAUACAAUGAAGCAGUCUUCAAUGAAACUGUACAAAUCAUAGAGAUAGAUGAUGGUCUCGAUGGAGAAACUGUUUUCCUUUAUGUAUUCCUAGCAGCUUGCAUUAUAUUGGCCCUUGUAGGAGGUCAACAAUUGUUAUCAUCUUUCGGACGCAAGUCGCGCUCUUCUACUACUCGUAAAACAACAGUAGAAAUGGGCACAUCUAAUCCAAAUAAUGUAGAUUAUGAUUGGCUGCCAAAGGAGGUUCUUAAUAGAAUCAAUAAAUCUCCUAGAACUCCAAAGCAGAGUCCAAGACAAAGGAAAGCAAAGAGAACAGCUGGUUCUGAUGACUGAAUGUUAUAAUAUAUUAAUAUUUAUAUAUGUACAUUAUUUAAAAUUGAUACAAA